UUUUUUUGCUGUGCUGUGCUGUGCUGUUCUGUGUGCUGCGCUUUGUUUGUGUGUUUUUCUUUUCAAUUGAGUUUUGUGCCUGAUUGCCUUAUUCAGUCACAAAUAGCAGCAGCCUGUGCCAGUAAUUAUUUUGUUAUCAAAUACCGAAAAAAGGUCGUGUCAAAGAUGCGUCUGAUAAGGCGGAGUGGACUCUAGCCAAAGGGGGAUGCACCGGAGAGCGGGGAGAGCGGGCAGAGAGCGAAUUGCAUGUUCUAAAACGAUUCCCGUGCUGUUCGUUCUUCGUGUCAACAAAAGAGUAGCCAGUGGCAGCAGUGGCUUGGAUCACUGUGAUGAUCCCACCAGCUUGCCCAUAGAUCAAAAUAGAGUGGGACUCACAAGAGAUUACAGAGAUCUGGCCAGAUCGAGCCCGUGUCAGAUUCAGGAAAUACUCGGCAGCAGCCCUCAGUAGCUCUCAGAUCUAAGCCCUGUUUCUGUUAACCAUUCCCUAGCCCAUCCUAUCAGUUUUGAUAUAACAAUUACAUGAGCCAGAGAGACAGCAGCACGGCUGUGUGCAACGUCUUAUCAGUGACAGCAGUGACAGCAGGAACUAAAGAGAACUAAAAGAGAACUAAAAGACUCCGGGCUCGUACAGCUGCGGAGAGAUGUUCAGACAACAGGUCGCCCUGCUGCUGGGGGGCCUCCUCCUGCUCGGCAGCUGUGGCCUGAACGCAGCAGGCGAGGGCGAUGAAUGCAUGGUGAAGGAGAACUUUCCGGGCAUCUGUCGCGCCUCGUCAGCCUGCGAGCCCUUCGUCGACGGGUACAUUAAGUCGGGCAUACUCUCCAUCAACGAUGUCCCCAGCUGCGGUCUCGGCCCCCGGGAGGAGAUCAUCUGCUGUCCCACGAAGCCCUGCUGCCCCAAUGACCCAAGCUCGCAAGGAAUCGCAAUAGCUCCCGUUACUGCUGCUGCUGCUGCUCCUCCACCUCCACCUCCACCUUCACCUGAUCUUGCACCAUCACCCGCAACAGAGCAGAGCCGGGAGAGUAGGCUGGAUCAAGGUGACAGCUUCUUCGACUUCAAUCAGAUGCUGAGCACGCCGCGGAGCGUGCCACAGCCCGCAGGACGGGGUGGUGGCAGGACCCACGAGGCCAUUCGAAUGCGGCCAGAGCCACUCCAGAGUGUAGGCCAAUGGGGCGUCGCUCUUCCCGCGGCAACGACCACGCCACGAUCCGUGGGCCCUUGGGGAUGGACUGAUGGAACAGCCAGAAUAGUCAACAGGCCCCAGACGAUCCCCGAUCAAAGGUUUAGAGGACCCGGCAACAAUCUGAUACACGUGGUCAACGACAGGCUCCGUCAGCAUGGGAUGCAGAUAGAGACCGCCAGGGAGGUGGAGUCGCUGUCGCUCCCGACUCCGAUGCCAACGCCAACGAAAAAGGCGCUGGUAGAUCCAUUUGCGCCGUUCCGCUUCCAGGCGAAGGAACAACAUGGCAACGUCUUUUCGGCGGACGCAUCGACGCUGCCGUUCCGCACUCCGGGGACAACGUCCAAGGCCCGACCACCCGUCUCGGCCACGCCCAUCACGCGUGUGGAUGUGCCCACAGAGAGCCAGGAGCGGCAGGAUCGGCCGUCGCUGGUGGCCUGCAGGAGGAUACGCAGCCGCUACGGGGAGAACCGGCUGACGGUGCACAUCCUGGAUGGUAUACCCGUCGAUCCCGGCGUCUAUCCGCACAUGGUGGCCAUUGCGUACAGCAGCUUCGGCGCACCAGCCGAGUACCGUUGCGGCGGCUCCCUGAUCUCCAGUAGGUUCGUCCUCACCGCUGCCCACUGCGUGAACAGCGAGAGCAACACGCCCAUAUUCGUGCGCCUUGGCACCGUGAACAUCGUGAAUCCCGCACAGCAAUAUGAGGACAUUGGCUUGAGAAACAUUACCAUCCAUCCGAACUACGUGAGCAGCAGCAAGUACAACGACAUUGCCCUGCUGGAGCUGGAUAAGGAGGUGAACUUCGCCAACAACAGCAACAUCUUUCCGGCGUGCCUGCACACAGAUACCAGGGAUCCGCCACUCAGCUCCAAGCUCUUUGUGGCCGGCUGGGGAACCAUGAACUUGACCAAUCGCUCCAGGUCGAAGGUGCUGCUGCGUGCCCCACUGGACCUGGUGCCGCUGGACAAGUGCAACGAGUCGUUUGCCGAGCAGCCGAGCACCAUCCGUGCCCUGAAGCAGGGCGUCAUCGACUCGCUGAUGUGCGCGGCGGACACCAAGCAGCAGAAGAAGGAUGCCUGCCAGGGAGACUCCGGCGGCCCGCUCAUCUUGGACAUUAACGUGGAGGAUGGUCUGUACUCCAUUGUGGGCAUCAUCUCGUCGGGGUUCGGGUGUGCCACCAAGACGCCGGGCCUCUACACUCGAGUGGCCUCCUUCCUCGACUACAUCGAGGGCAUUGUCUGGCCGGACAAUGUUCUGGGAACGGGCGGGAUAUGAGCCAAUAAAUUUUGGACAAGACCACCGAA